AUGACUUCCACGCCCGACCCCAUCGUCGAGCAGCUCAAGAACUUCACGACCUGCGACGUCUCCAACGCCCUGAUCAAGCUCAAAUACCGCAACGGCGGCUUCCUCUCCGGCCUAACCCUGUGGUCCCCAGACCGACAGGCCGGCGACACCCGCAUCGUCGGCCCCGCCUACACUGUCCAGUACGCGCCGCUCUCAGACCCAGCCCCGAAACUCGCAGGCGCGCACUACAUCGACGGCGUCCCCGCCGGAGCAGUCGUCUUCGUGUCGUGCCCUGCGCGCACCCCAAAUGCCAUCUACGGCGGCCUGAUGACGGCGCGCGCUCGUGGCCGCGGGGCGGUGGGGAGCGUGAUUGAUGGGCGGUUUCGCGAUCUGCAGGAGCAGCGGGCGAUGGGGUAUCCUGUGUUUGGGCGGGACGUGGGCACUGCGCCGCCGCAGGAGCUGCUCAAGGUGGUGGGCGUGGGUGUUCCUGUCAGGUUGGCGACGGAUGAGCAGGAGAUGGAGGUGCGGCCCGGGGAUUAUCUCGUAGGCGACCUGAACGGCGUAGUGGUGCUUCCGAGGGAGCUGGCCGAGGAGGCGCUGCCGCUGAUGAAGGCGUCGGUCGAGGCGGAUGAUCAGAUGAUGGAGGCGAUUGUCAAGGGGAUGAGUUUUGAUGAGGCGAGCAAGAAGUUUAGGGGGUGA